CAGACGCGAUAGAUGCCAACGGCAGUUUGGCGCGCGUAGCGUACUUUGUUGAAGCUGUUUGUGAGUGUAGCAUCACGUAGUAAACAACGCGAAUAAAAUGGCUGGUGGAAAAGCAGGCAAAGAUUCUGGCAAGGCAAAGGCCAAAGCAGUGUCGCGAUCGGCCCGUGCUGGACUCCAGUUCCCAGUCGGCAGGAUCCAUAGACACCUGAAAAAUCGCACGACGAGUCACGGUCGUGUCGGCGCCACGGCUGCCGUCUACUCCGCUGCUAUCCUCGAAUACCUGACUGCCGAGGUUCUGGAGUUGGCUGGCAAUGCCUCGAAGGAUUUGAAGGUGAAGCGUAUCACUCCUCGCCAUCUGCAGUUGGCCAUCCGUGGAGAUGAAGAGUUGGACAGCCUCAUCAAGGCAACAAUCGCUGGUGGUGGUGUGAUUCCCCACAUCCACAAAUCCCUUAUUGGCAAGAAAGGAGGCACACACUCCCAGCCCGCUUAGAGUAAUUCAAACUAGAGUAAUUACAAUGUACAAAAUUUAUGUUUAAUCUAAUGUGUCGAUGAUGUGUUUUAAUAUUGUUUGGCACAUUACAAUGCCAUACAAGAAAUGAGAAGGAAAAAAAAACAACUACAUCAACAUCUUAAUAUAUAUAUAUUAUAUGAAUAACAUAUGGAGCCAAGUAAUAUCCAAUAUUGCAUUUUUUAUACUCCAAUAAUUUUGCUAUAUUUUGAUUUGUUUCUUUUCAACUCUGUAUUUUUCUUAUACAAGACGACUCAUUAAUUUCUUGUUUCUAUUUAUCCCCUCUUUGCAUUCAUUUCCGUUCAGCUAAAUGUUACAUUCAUUUUAAUUAGUUCAACAAAGUUUUUUUUGUUUUUAAUAUUCCCAUCUUCGAGAAUGAAAGAAAACUGCUUCUGUUUAAAUGUGCCUUCAUCUCUCCACCACCCACCCCCCUUCACACAAUUUCAUGUACUGAUAUAAUUAAUUUUUUUUAAAUAUAAUUUUGUUUCCUUGUGAAU